ACACAAAGCAGGGUUUAAAUUUGUACUCUAAUGACGAUCGAUCGGUCUCUAAAACCACAGAGGCAUCUAUCAGUGGACUAAUAUUAACCAUCGUAUUUAUCCUCGUUUAAGUUUUUCAUACUUUUAGGAUGAAAGGCUCUGUGGUUGUUUGUAGUUACAUAUUGUUGACUAACGAGUAUUCGUUAGUAAAUAAUUAAUCAAUGUGUGAUCGAGCUGUUACAUACUAAUGAACAUUCUAAUUUCAUUUUUCUUUAUGCUACAAGUUAUGGCUUUUGCAUCGUCACGAAUACAAUUAUUAAAAAGCAGUUACUUCUCAAGUCAAAUAUAUGCUAUAUUUUAUUGCCAAAAAUGUAAAUUGACGGAGAAUCGCCCCGUUCGUGUACGAUUUGCACCAAGUCCCACAGGUUUUAUGCAUUUAGGCGGUUUACGUACUGCUUUAUUUAACAAGUUGUUUGCUGUGAAACAUUCGGGAAAAUUCAUACUACGUAUUGAAGAUACCGACAAGUUCAGAGUGCAACCAAAUGCUAAGGAUGAUAUUAUAGAAUCACUUCACUGGUGUGGAUUAACUCCUGACGAAGGUCCAAUUACUGGUGGAAACUAUGGUUCAUACAUCCAAUCUGAAAGAAAACCUCUGUACUCAUCUAUUACUCAGAAGUUAAUUGACGAUGGAUUAGCUUAUCGAUGCUUCUGUUCAGCAGAACGACUAACUAUCUUACGCAAUGAACAAAGUCGUCGUAAGGAACCUCAACGUUACGAUAAUCGUUGCCGUAAUUUGUCUCAAAGGGAAAUAUGCGAAAAAUUAUCAGCAUCUGUGCCAUAUACUAUUCGAUUCAAG